AUGUUCAACAAAAGAUCUUUGACAACAGAAGAUGUCCAGGCCGUUGCUCCUGCAAAACGAUUCAGGUCCGAGAUGGUCGACAUAUUUUUAAACAAUGAGCUCAGUUCUGAGCGAAGCGCUCGAGUACUGCGGUCAGCACAGCAAGCCGGGGCACUGCAUGUGGAAGAUUUACAGGUCCGCCCAGAGACUCGCAACACCCAUCGGGAUCUUUUGCGCAAAUGUUUCAGAAACACGAAAUGGCCUUCGUUAUAUCAUGCAAAGGUUCGUGGCUGGAAUCAGGCGAAGAAUACGUCUGAAGAGUAUUCCUUGGCAAUUUUGCUGCCUCACGAAUCCUUGCACUCACUGCUCAAAGUGAACACGCCAGAGGCCUUGCUUCAGCAGCAAGCCGAGAUCUUGCCUGGCAGGCCUGACCUGGAGAACCACUUGCAUUUUUUGGAGGAUGAGUUGGGCUUGGAUUCUGAAUCCACUCUCCUCAUGGGGAUGUGGUGCGAUGGUGUGCCUUUCAACAGCGACCGAUCCAUGACUUUGGAGACGAUUUGUUUGAACAUCUUUGGCCAGCAGAAUCUUCGCCUGCCUGUUGCGGCCUUUCCAAAAGAAUUUGUAUCCAAAUCGCAAACUUUUGAGGAUGUAUUCGAAAUCAUCCAGUGGUCCUUUAAGCAGCUGGCGACGGGGAGCAUGCCAAGCUGCCGACACGAUGGCAUGCCCUUCAAUCGAACCGAUAGUUAUCGACAACGUUUGGCAGGCAAAAAGCUUCCACUGAGAGCUGCUCUGGCUGAAUUUCGAGCUGAUUGGAGCUGUUACAAGGACGUUUUGAGCUUCCCUUCUUGGAGUUCGAAGGGGAUUCAAUACGGCUUGCUGCAAGAUGGACUUUUUACACGCUUCGACCUCGGAGUAACAUCCGACUGGCUUGGGUCUUUGCUGUUUUACUUACAGAGUGAAAAGAUCCGAGGCCUGAGCAAACUCAUCCGAUGUGCCAAGCUGUACCAAGACAUCAAGGCAUACUACGACAGAGCUGGGGUCCAAGAUCGAUUGCCGAAGCUCCUUCCCACCAUGCUUCGUGAAGAGGAUCGAGGCAAGAUCAAAUCCCCCAAGUUGAGAGCCAAAGCAGGGGAAGCUCGAGCACUCGUCGGUGCUGCCAUGGAAUUGGCUACAAAGUAUUUGUCGCCAGCAAAGCCUGCUGAACAGACGAUGUUGCAUGGCACAGAAGCUUUGCAGUCCAUAUAUGCCUGUCUCAGCACUGCAGCUUGGGACAAGGAAGUCUUCAGAAUUUCUUCUCAGAAGUUUCUUUUACUCUGGGGCAGCCUCGAGACUUACUUCGAGGUGGACAAGCUCUUCAGGGUUAAACCUAAAGCCCAUCAGCUGUUCGAAUUGGCCAGGGGCGAGGUGAACCCUAGCAAGACCUGGACCUACAGGGAUGAGAGCUAUGGGCAUACCCUAGCAUUGCUGGGCAGACGGCGUGGUGGCAAGUUUUCGAUGAAUGCUGUUUCUUGUCAAGUUCUCAGACGAUUCCUGGCAGCUAAUAAAGUUCCUCGAAUCGAGAUCGGCACGUGA